AUGACGGAGAAAAACAUCGCCGACCGGUCGUCCCGCCCUAGCCGACCCAGCAAAUUAGCGCUGGCAAAUGUGCGUGUUUUCGACGGCACCUCCCUCCGGCCUCCCAGCACGGUGAUCAUCGACGGUUCCCACAUCGGCAAUGCAAACACCGAUGGCAAGCCGGUUCCCACCUACGACGCCCAGGGAAAGACGCUCCUCCCAGGCCUGAUCGACUCGCACGCCCACCCCAUGAAUGCAGACCACCUCGAGGCCCUCACCCGCUACGGCAUAACCACGGCCGUCAACGCCUUCUGCCCCGACCCAGCCUUCUGUACCUCCCUGUUAAACCACCCGGGCCUCACCUCCCUCCUCACAGCCUCCUUCAUCGCCACCUCCCCCAACAGCACCCACGCAAAACUCGUCGGUCCUUCCUCCCCCUUGCUGAUCCACAACACCAGCCAAAUCCCAGAAUGGGUCGGCCGGCAGGUCGCCCAGGGCGCCGACUUCAUCAAGGUGGUCGGCAGCGCGCCUGGGCCCGGGCUCUUGCAGGCCGCGCAGACGGCGCUGACGGAAGCCGCGCACGCGGCGGGGUGGCGGGUGGUGCUGCACGCGGCGAGCCGCGCGGCGUAUGAGCAGGGCCUGGCGGCGGGCGCGGAUCAGAUCCAUCACGCGCCGCUGGAUGUGGCUGUGAGCGGAGCGUUGUUGGAGAGUUUUGCGCGGAAAAGGCGCGAUGUGGUGGUGUGUCCGACGCUGACCAUGAUGCGUGCUACGGUGGAGGCGAUCGGUGGGAAUAAGUUAUCGUUUGCAGCGGCCACGGAGACGGUGGCGAGGCUUCAUCGGGCGGGGGUGACGAUACUUGCUGGCUCGGAUGCGAAUCUACAGCCGGGGACGCCGGCGCAGGUGCAGUUCGGUAGCAGCCUGCAUGAUGAGCUUGAAAAUCUGGUGGCGGCUGGGCUGUCACCGGUGGAAGCGCUGAAUGCGGCGACUGUGCUGCCGGCGAGAUACUUUGGGCUGGAGGACCGGGGUGUUGUUCGAGAGGGAAUGUUGGCAGAUCUGCUGCUUGUGGACGGAGAUCCGACGGUCGAUAUCAGGGCUUCGCGGAACGUUGUUAAGGUUUGGGUACGGGGAGUAGAAUUUGAUAGUCAACACGCCUGA